AUGUGUAUAUAUGUGCAUUAGCAGUGGAUCGAAAUGGAUCCUUUUAGAGAGUAUAAUAACCGCCAUGUUUUUUGACUUCGUGUUUACUCGGUAGAGUUCGGUUUAUGUGGUACCCCGGGGCCUAGGUUCAGUGUUCUACGUUAAACGUGCAAUGCCGUCGAUAAAUUCGCUUUGCUAGCAUUGCUACACGUUGUUUAUUUUUAGUAGUAUAUCGGUGGUUAAUUGUAAAUAGCUGUAAAUACACAUGGAUGACUUAAAGAAUUUGAAGAUCUUCUGUGAAAAAAGAAACAGAGUCAUCUACAAUGUUAAAUAUUUAGUUUCAACUUUAUUUAUAAACAAUUAAAGAUUAAAUAAUAAUCACUGUCCUCUACGAGGUAACUCAUUAGUUCAUCUUGAUCAUUACUAUUGAUAACUAUUUUAAUAUCUCAAAAAUUAAAAAAAAAUUUACUAUUCUAGAGUCUUUUGAACCAAUAACGAGCAUCUAGUGUUUCUGAUAUUAUUUUUUAUACAAACCUCGAGUAAUAAACCGGUAUAGUUGUAAACAAUUGAAUUAAUAGUAAAUGAUGGAACCAAUAAAAACGGCUACAAUGCAUGUGAACGAAUCUAAAGCCCUUUGUUCGCCUCUAUCGUGCUCUGGACGUGGAAACGACGAGAUAAGUAAAAAAUUAGAGGAAGAACUGUUGUAUGAUGCUGGUGAAGAUGGAGAUGAGGAUGAUGCACUUUCCGAUGAUAGUUUGCGUUUGAGGCUGUCUGAUGAUGAAGCCGACGCUGACGAUAGUGAAAGAACAUCUAGUACUUCUAGUAAUCAGCUCAAAUAUUUAAAGACUGAAUCAACGGUUACUGCAAAUUCUUCAAGUGUUGAUGGUCGUUUGAAUGGAAUGAAUGACACUCAUAACAAUUUGGAUAACCAAGAAGAAAAAUUUCAACCGUUAAGUGAUAGUCGCACUUGUAUCAACAAAACGGAAAAGCCAGAUGUUAAACAAGAGGGAGCUGUUGUAGAAGAAACUAAAGUCAAUGACCAAGCAGAAAACGAGGUGGAAAAUAACUCUGACCUUAAAAUUGAAGAAGAUCAAUCCUGUUUGGAAAAAGUAAAAGACAGUAAAUUGGAUGAUUCAUUAUCUGUUAAUGGUGAAAGUGAAGUGAAUAAAAAUAAAACGACUAAUGAAAAUCAUGAAAAAGAUUUAAUUGUGAGUGUUGAUGAGCAGAAUAGUGAAAUAAAUGACGAUAGUAUUACGUCAACAUCAGCAUUGUCAUCUACAUUAACAUCGAAAAUUUCAUCGUCAGCUAAGGAUUCAAGUGCCGUUGAAGACAGUAAUAGUCCUGUUGACGAUUGUGAAGACGAUAAUAAUUGUGAUUCAUUAACUUGCGAAGAAGUACUUUUAGAAAUUGAAGACGACAAACUCGACGAAGUCCACGUGAUUGAAGAGCUGGGAGACGAAGAAAUUGAAGAGGAAGACGAUAUUAUUCACAUAGAAUCAGCAAAAAUGGAGACAGUUACAACAACUUCUAGCGAUCGUCAUUCAGAAAAGAGUAAGCCCUCUAAAUCAGCUACCAAUGGUGGCGAUAAUAGUCCUAUAGAGGUUGAUGAAGACAUUGAUAAAAGCAAAAUCAAUGAAUCAAGUGAAACUAGCCAAAUUGAUUCGAAUAAAGAUAAAAGUGUUAAAGAUAAGGUAAACAAUAUUAUUGUUGUUAAAUCACUUACUAAACUUACGUCUAAUAGUGAACCGGAUACUACUGAACCUGGAACUAAACGUCGUUUAAUCAGUCCAGAAGAUAGUCUUGAAAGUCCUAACAAAAAAAUUUUCCGUGAUAAUAGCACAAUAUCUUCUAGUUCAUCAUCAUCAUCAUCAUCAUCAUCGACCGUCACGAAACAGUCUGAGAAAGAUCAAACUGAUACCGAGGAUAUUGAUAUUGAUGAAAAUAAUGCAAGUGAAGACAUUGUUGAGAUUGACAAUAAUGCUGCAGAAGUUGAUGAUGCUAGUAUAAAUGAUAGUUCUCAAAAAACCCCGAAGAAUGGUGAAGUACUAAGCAAUGUCGAUGAAAGUGCAGACUGUACUACACAAGAUGUUACUAAUGGCUUAGAAACACAAAAUAACGAUAGUUUGGUAACAGAAAUGGAUGCCAAUGAACUAUCUAGUACCGAACCUCAAACUGAUGCCCAUCCGAGAAGAAAACUCAGAAGGAAGAAAAGAAGAAGUCCUUCAUCUGUUAAGAUGACUGUUCACCAAGGACAAGAAAAAGAAAAUGUUCGUCAAAAACGUGAAACAGCGCAAAAAGCCCAAGAAAUAAUUCGUAAAUAUAAUGAUGAAAGUGAUUCAGAAUCUAGUGAACAAUCCUCGUUGAUUCAAUACAAUAAACCUAUUAGUCAUAAUAAUAAUAAUAAUAAUAAUAAUAGUAAUAGUAAUAAUAAUACACGAUCAACAUCACCACCUGCAUUGAAACGUAAUCAUUAUCUUGAUAAAGACGAUUCGCUUAAUAUUGGUGCUGUAUUAAAAAAACCAAAGAGAGAAGCAGAAGACGACGACAAAAGUGAACUCCGGCAAAUUCUCACAUCGGAAAUCAAACCAAAACCUUUAGAACAUGUUAGGACCUUUUUUUUGCGAGAUUGUAAGCAAAAAUUAUCGAAAUUCACACAGGAGGAGCUGGAAGAGUUGUUGGUUCAAAAAAUUGUGGAGACAAUAACAAUGCGUGAUGAAAUUGGAAAGCUGCGUGAACAAGCUAAAAUAUCAGAACGUAACCAAGAAGCAACGCGAUCGAGAUGCCAACAAUUGGCUAAACAUGUUAAGGAUUUUGAUAUGGUAAUAAAACGUUACGAAAGUGAUCGUAAACUAAGUGAAAAAACUGAUAAGCCCAUAGUCCCUAUUAAAAUUAAUAGAUCCGUUGGAUUACAAGUUAAUUUUGUUACGGAUCAAGGAGUGCAAAAUUUGCGACAAUUAGCACUUAGUAAACAGCAACCAACUCCGGUUAUGAAUGGAGUAACUACAUAUCCCGUCAAGCAAAAUGAUGAACCAGCUAAUAAUGUUUCUAAUGCCGUCAGUCCAGCUCUAAGAACUAUAAAAGGAAUCAAAGUACGAUCGCCGCGUAAAAUUGAAACUCCGGGCAGUUCACCAGUAGUAUCGACAGCAUGCUUAAUGCCGAUUCAAAAUGCGAUUCCAAGUCAACAAGCUCAAGUAGUUAUACCAGCAUCAGCAUUGCCACUGCAACAACAGCAACAGUUCCAAAAGCAGCAAAAACAGCAACAACAGCAACAGCAACAGCAACAGCAACAACAACAACAACAACAACAACAACAACAACAACAACAACAACAACAACAACAACAACAACAACAAAAACAAAAACAAAAACAGCAGCAGCAACAACAACAACAAACGACUAUUCAACUAUCGCAACCUGUAACAAAUGUUACACCAGCUGCUUUGGUUGUUUCUAAACAAGUUGAUUCUCGACUUCCAUUAACUUCAAACGCACAACUUAUUAAUCAUCAAAUAUUGUCUAAUCAAACUAUUACGUUUAAUGGAGUGGUUACAUCCACACACAAUGCAAUCAACCGGUCGGCGAAGGUUCUAAAUGUAAGGAGCACUAACACCAACAACGAUAACACGUUGAUCGAUCUUACUGGAGAAGAAGAAAAGAAUAAAAAACCACCACCACUAGCAGCGAUUGCACCCACACCUAAAGAUCCUUCAGCGACAAUAAUCCAAAAAGGUCCGCCACGUUUCCAGAGGAUAGUUCAAUCAGCUCCAGCUAUGACAAUAGGGCAGCCUACUAAUAUUAAAGUCAUUCAACCUUCCGAACGUCCUACACCAACUGCAUUAGUUAACAAUAUGAACAUGAACUCGUCUAAACAAUUAUUCGUCAUGAAGGGCAACGGUACCGGACAACAAUUAUUGAUAACUAAUCACCAUCAGAUUCGGCCGGCGGUUACAACGAAUGCCAGACAAUCAUUUCCUAAUAUUGCGUAUUCGGCUGUAUCAACAUUAGGAAAUGCUUCAACAUUACGAGUUGUAACAACAGCUCCAAAUAGUGUAGUAUCAGCAGCUCUGAAAGCCAAGCAUCCAGCACCACUUCCAGCAACGCCGUCUUAUACAAUAGUUGCGGGAUCGAAACUGCCACCACCUGCUCCGUCAUUAAAAAUAUCCAAAGUUUCUACUGGAAUUGUUUUAUCUUGGAAUAUGACAAUAUCAGAUAAAUACGCAGAAAUAGCAAGCUAUCAGUUAUUUGCGUAUCAAGAAGUCGUAGGAACGGCACCUAGUACGUCUAUGUGGAAAAGAGUCGGUGAUGUUCGGGCAUUAGCAUUACCAAUGGCUUGUACAUUGACCCAGUUCUCCGAAGGUAAUAAUUACUAUUUUGCUGUUCGAGCUGUUGAUGUUUUAUCUAGACUUGGGCAGUACAGUCAACCAGGAAGCAUUUCUCUGUAAUAAAUAAGUGAUAAAUAAUUAAAUUAAUAUUAAUUGUGUUGAAAAACUCAUAUAUUACUAAUAACAUAAUAUUAAUAGUAUAAUAAUUAUAAUUUUAGUACUAGUUGUAGUAAUGAUGUUAAAGAUGUUUUAUAUCUAAUAUUUGUUUUCAACACAAUUAAUUAUAUUAAUAUAUUAGUUAAGUUCUCAUAACAAUAAUGAUAAUGGUCCAUCACAUGUGGUUACAAUUUUAUUUACAAAAAUACUAGGAACUGUGUUCUCGAUAUGUUUUUAUACUCAUACGAUGUAAAUAUAUGGCUGUAAGUCUCUUUUUUUUUUUAAAUGGAAGUAAUGGGUGAAUGAUAAUUGCAUUCUCUUUUAAUUAGU